AUUGUAAACAAACAGUAACUGAGCUUCAAAAACAAUAGAGAAAAAUUAAAUUAAUAAAAUGUUCCAAGGAAUAAUUAAAGAAAUUAAAGUGUUCCAAAGACUAAUUAAAGAAAUUAAAUGUAAUCCUUACGAAAAUAUAAAACAGUAAAGUGAAAAUAGUAAAUUUGUGAUCACUGUAGGUGUUGCAUUCCAAUAAGACUCCAAGCUAGCAUUUAAGUAAAAUAAACAGCUCUCUGUUAAAAAAAAACCUAUUUAUUGACAUUUCGUAUACACCCUGUCCUCAAAACAACCCUGUUUUUGUUUACAAAUGGCGCAAAAAAACCAAGAUGUCAAAAAAAAUAUAAACAUCUGCUUGAAAAUUUGCAAACAACAAACCAAAUCAGUGAAAAAAACUUUAAAAUAAAUUAAACACUAUAGAAAAAUUAUCAAGGCCUAUAAAUUAGAAUGUCUACUACACCCACAAAAAUAAAUAAUAGGGAACAAGAUUAUAAAACGCCCAAAAAACAAAAUGCUGCCAAGGCUAAGACGCCCAAAUCGAAAGGUUUAAAAGCCGUAGAAAAUUUAAUGCAUCAUGAAACAACCACAGAAAGUUCAGCCUCUAAUUCAGCAGCUGAUGAGCCUUUUGAAGUUUUGGUGGAAGAUACUGAUGAAGAAAAUACCUUGGACACUUCUAAGACCUGUAGAAGAUCGGGACGCACUAUAAGCCCUAAUAAAAGGUAUGCGGGAGAUUUUGUCUUAGAUUCUGGAGGAGGUCGUGGUAGUAAUCGUAAAAGACAAUCUAAUGCUCGAACUGAAGUCACUGAUGAAGAAGAGGAUGAUACAGAUGCAGAUUUUGUUAUCGAUACUGUGGCCAAACCUAAAGCAGGAGAUUUACAAUUACUAGAGGAUGAGGUAGAGCUGGCCGGUAAAGAAAUGUUUGGUUUUAAUACACCCAAGAAAAAGGGUGGUAUGGCUUUGGCUGCUAUGAAUACACCCAAAAUGCCUACAACUCCAAAAACACCUAAGACCCCUGGUCGGCUGGGUAAGACACCAGAUGGUAAAAGAGCCAAAAAGUCGUUGGAACCUAAAACUCCCUCUAGAGUGCGUAAUAAAGUUAAAAAUCAAAUUGCUAAACUGGUGGAGGCUGCAUCUGGUUCUGAUUUCUCCGGGGAUGAAAGUGAUUUUGCUCCUUCGGGUAGUGAAAGUUCCUCUAGUGAUACUGAUUCCUCAGGAGAAGACCAUGAAGCAGAUGAUGAGCCUAAAACACCUUGUAAGGGACGUAAACCCAUAGUAGUGCCCAUACUACCCAAAACUCCCUCUGCGGCUCGCUUAAGACAAUCAUCACGAGUUAAGAAAAACGCUGACUAUGUACCAGAAUGUGAAAGUUAUUUUCAAUCACACUCCAGCAGUAAAAUUCUCACAUCUGAUCAUACCUUAGAUCGUUUAAAAAAUCCACGUUUACCGGCCGAUCGUCUGUUUUCACUUUUGUCAGAAAUGAAAUUGUCUAGCGAACAUGAAACCUCCAUAAAUGCCAUUAUGGAAGAAUACAAAUCAUAUUUUCCCAAAUGGCUGUAUAUUCUAAAUGAAGGUUAUAAUAUUUUGCUUUAUGGUUUAGGCUCUAAACGACAACUUUUACAGUCAUUUCAUCGCACUGUACUGUCUCAACAAUGUGUUUUAGUAAUCAACGGUUUCUUUCCCAGUUUAACAGUGAAAGAUAUUCUCGAUAGUAUUACAAAUGAUAUUUUAGAUGCUGGCAUUAGUCCGGGUAAUCCUCAUGAGGCUGUUGAUAUGAUUGAAGAGGAAUUUGCUUUAAUACCUCAAACACAUUUGUAUUUAAUCGUACAUAAUCUGGAUGGUUCUAUGCUAAGAAAUUCAAAGGCUCAAUCGAUUUUGGCGCGUUUGGCAAAAGUACCUAAUAUUCAUAUGUUAGCAUCGGUGGAUCAUAUUAAUACACCUUUGUUAUGGGAUCAUACAAAACUUAGUAAUUUUAAUUUCUCUUGGUGGGAUUGCACCACUAUGCUGCCAUACUCGGAUGAAACAGCCUUCGAAAAUUCCCUCUUAGUACAAAAUUCUGGCGACUUGGCUUUAUCCUCUUUGCGCAGUGUCUUCUUAUCAUUGACCACUAACUCUCGAGGUAUUUACAUGAUUAUUGUUAAACAUCAAUUGAAAAACAAAGGAAAUGCUAAUUAUCAAGGCAUGCACUUUAAGGAUCUAUAUUGGAGUUGUCGAGAAGCCUUUUUGGUCAGUUCAGAUUUAGCUUUAAGAGCUCAAUUAACCGAAUUUUUAGAUCACAAAUUGGUAAAAUCAAAAAGAAGUGUAGAUGGCUCUGAACAGCUGACCAUACCUAUAGAUGCUGGUCUAUUGCAGCAGUUUUUGGAUGAACAGGAGAAAAAAGAUUAAAUUUUAUUCGUAAGAAAAAAUAUUUAAAGUUAUUUAUUGAAUUUUUUUAUAUAUUUUUUUUUUUGCAAAUACAAGCACAAGUUGUUAAGA